CUCCGUGGAAGUUUUGUGAAAACCAGCGACACUCGCGACAUACACACGCCUACACUACCGCGCCUCGCGAUAUCUCCCAUUGUUUACGCGGAGUUACGAGCGACUGGAGAACAUACUGGCAGUGAGCCACGUGCGUGUGUGUGUGUAUGUGUUAAGGAUUUGAAACGGUCAUCGGAGCCUGAUAAUUAAAGGCGGAUCGAUUUGCUCGUGUCUACAACGACGGUAGAGAAGUCUCCUGCUCGUCAUGCAUAAAAACGGACCACCACCGCCUUACGAACCACCCCCAUAUGCACCACCAGCUUAUUCCCAGACCGUAGGAGGUGUUCCGCCCGCUAGCCCGUUUACACCUGCACAGACAUAUGCAAAUGGGCCCACUAUAGUUACAACGAUUGUACCCCUUGGGCCGGGACCCACGCAUACAAUCUGUCCGCAUUGCCACGCUGAGAUCGACACGUCGACCAAAACGGAGCCCGGCAUGGUCGCUUACAUCUCUGGAGUCAUUAUAGCGUUACUGGGAUGCUGGCUGGGCUGCUGCUUAAUUCCUUGUUGCAUCGACGAGUGCAUGGACGUCCAUCACAAUUGUCCGAACUGUAAAGCUUACUUGGGACGUCAUAGGAGAUAAGAAAAAAAAGCAGAUCGCCUUAUAGCGUCCACGGGUUGCAUUUGCACGGUGGGACAUGUAUCUUUGCGACGCUGCAAUUCCGCGAACGGAUGUAUCGAGCUUGAUCUGAAACCUGUACAGUCUGGGAGUAUAAUUCUCCGCGAGGGAGUGUCUGCGAGAUACGCAGUUCCUCGCGUAUCUGAGUUAGAUCUUGUAACGGAGGAUGCACGCAUAUGUUCAGACAGUAUAUGAUUACCUAUACUGUCGUUCUCUAUACGUCUACGAUUAAUCUCUUUGCACGAAAUUUGAUAUAAUCUUUUGCACGUCUUUGUAAAAAUAUUUAUUGUGCUUUUGCAUAAAAGGCUGACGCGAUUCUCUCCACAACACGAUACCGUGCAGGAUCCUCGGCAGUGUGAAGCAUGUUCGCCUCGGGACGCUCGCGUUUACACCCGUUAGAAAAGGACACGUUAACACGAGUCGUGCUUCCAUAUUAAGAGGUGUGCAAUUCAACUACAUCGGUGCCGUAUAAAUACAAGGCAAGAUUGUUGGCGGCAUUGAAACCUUAGAAAUUAACUUUUACAAAUUCAAUCGAUCCGCGUCGAUCAUCGACUCGGUCAUCGUCGUCGUCGUCGUCGUUUGAUCCCUCGCGUUGGUACUCAAUCGAAUACGUCUAUUUAAGUUGACGCUCGGAGGCAGCUAAAGCAUAAUACGUUACAUCACGUGCCUGAGAGACGAGCUGGACGAUUUUGGCGGAACGUCCGGAAGACGCGAUUCCAACGCCGGGAGUAUUAAUGUUCAUAGCAUGACGUUAAGAUCAGUUAGAACCAGGUGAGCAUUGAUGUGCGUGAUAUUUUCAUUUUUUUUCUACUUGUCUCUUAAAUUAACGAAUCUCUAAUGCGGGAUCUAUAUUGGGACACUCGGACACAGUAUAUUUGUUCGUACAACAGUUUGCACGUGUCUUUUUUUUUUCCUGAUAAAGUUAGGAGCGCACAUGAUCACGAUUGUAAACCACCGCACGCGGGCUUCCAUGGUAAUCGGUCGUGGCGGAGGUCGAAUGACAGUACAUGGUGUAAACAGUAGUUUUUUUUUUUAUUAUAUUUUUACCGAUUUUUUUCACAUAUAACAGUAUAAUAAGAGACAUAGGAACGAUUUAGCUGUCAGAAAUAGGAAAGUGAAUUUUAUUCUUGAAAAGAUAAAAGAGUCAGUAUUUAAAAACAAGUGAGUAAAGAGCGAAUUUUUCAAGUAAUUUGUAUAUUAAAAAUUAAAUUGCUUAUCUAUUAUUUUUCUAUUCUUCUAAGAGAUUAAAACGUUUAUAAUAAAAGUCACUGAAGAACACAUUUAAAUUUUGUGGAACAAAAGAAGUUACAUGAUGCAGAGAACUUAAGUUACUUUAAACUUAUUCUUAGACAUAUAUUUAGAUAGAGCAAAGUUUUUUUUACAAAAGACAAAUUAAAUUUCUUGCUUUUUAAGUGCAUUUAAUGAAAUAAAAUGAAAACAUUACUCGAGUCCAAUUAAGCUGUAUUACAAUAUGUUUCCAGGAUGUUAGUAUAUGUGUGUAUACUACUGUGAUCAAAAAGUACCUGAACUUUAUUAAAAAAAAAAUCGCGGGAAAACUGUAAAUCAAAUCCGUUUGCUUUCGUAAGUUGGUACACGUGUCCUUCACAUUUGAUGAAAAAAAAAACCACGGCGUUCCUUCAAGUCGUUUGAGAGUGACAGUUGUUUAUGUCAAUGAAGAUUUUUACGAUGUCGAAAAAUAUGGAACAAAGAAUUUGUUUGAAAUUUUGUGUCGCAAACAAAAUUUCGUUCACAAACGCAUUCAAAAUGUUGCAAAAAUCUUAUGGCGGUGAUUGUUAAUCGAAAACAAGUCGGUUUGAGUGGUUUAAGAAGUUUCAAGAAGGCCGAGAAUCUGUUGAAGACGAUCCACGCUCUGGAAGACCAUCAACGUCAACGGAUGACGCUCACGUUGAGAAAGUGAAAGAAUUGGUGCUCGAAAAUAGUCGAUUCACUGUGCGAGAGAUAGCAGAUGAAGUUGGAAUAUCAUUUGGAUCGUGUCAGCCACAUUUUGUCCAAUGUACUGGACAUGGAACGCGUCGCGCUUGAUUCCGAAAAACCUGAAUUUUCUCCAGAAAAGGAAUCGAGUGUUGGUGUCGUCUGAGAUGAUUUCUGUGGUAUCCAAAGACAGCGCAUACACGAACCGGAUCAUAACUGGUGACGAAACAUUGGUUUACCAGUGCGACGUCGAAACAAAGCAACGAUCAUCGGAAUGGCGCUUGAAAAAUAAAGCAACAUCGAGGAGAGCUUAUCGUUUGCAGUCUAAAGUCAAGGUCAGGCUCACGGUUUUCUUCGAUCAUCGCGGUGUUGUGCGCCAGGAAUUCCUUCCAAUUGGUGAAAAAGUCAAUGGAGAAUACUACUUGUCCGUCAUGAGGCGUUUGUGCGGAGUAAUCCGUAGAAAACGGCCGGAAUUGUGGGAAAGCAACUCGUGGAUUUUGUAUCACGAUAAUACAUCAUCGCUUGCCUCGGCACUUGUGCGUGAAUUUCUGACAAAAAACUCAACGAAUGUCGCUCCGCAAGCACCGUAUUCACCAGACAUGGCCCCCUGCGACUUUUUCCUGUUCCCCCUACUGAAAAAACCACUUCGCGGACGGCGUUUCAAAUCGAUUAAGAACAUAAAAGAAAAAUGCUGCGUGAACUGAAGGCCAUACCGUCUGCCGCGUAUGAGCGAUGUUUCCAGGACUGGCUCAAACGUUGUUGGUACAUAUGCGUUGUAAGCAAUGGGGAUUACUUUGAAUGAGGCUAUAAGAAUUUUGAUGAUUGAAUUAUUUUGAUUUUUAAAAAUAAAGUUCGGAUACUCUUUGAUCACGGUAGUAUGUAUAUCUCAGAUCUUCCUUGGGGAAAAAUGAUUAUAUAAAAUUAGAGAAAAUGAUUAUGUAAUGUAAUUAUGUAUGUCGGAUGUCUCGUGAUACAUUUCGGUUCUGUCGUAAUCGAAAUUCAAUGAAAAAUAACCAAACGGUUAUUAAGGGCUCCUAACUUCGUCGGAAGAAACGUACGUAAAUUGUUGUGCGAACGAGCGUGCUGUUCGUUAGAAUCUCACUCAAUGAACCGGCCAGUUUUGUAAGGCAAUUAAACGAUGCCACCUGCAAUCUUAACGUUCAUUGCCUGAGCGUAAUCGACGAUGACGCCCGAAUUUUACAUAUUAAUGCGUUAAUUUAAUCGUUUGAAGCUUGGAAGUUCGUAAAACUUAUUAUACGCUCGCUUGUAUUAAAAAUGAUAACAAAAAAAAAGGAAGUUGAAAUUAUACAUAUAUACACAAUACAAUUUUAUAUUACAUAAGGUGUAAAAGAUACACCGAAAAGCGCAGGAGUACGACCGAGUACUUCGAUACGUGCAAGAUAAUGGAAUUGAGAUGUCGUUCAUUGAAAAAAAAAUAUGAGCUUGAUAUUGUAUUAAGAGACUUAUAUGAGCUGGUAUUGCGAACGAAAACCGUCGAACGCGCAUCGUGCGAAACAUCGUGCGUACAUUAAAUAGAGUCGAAAUUGCAACGAGACUAGGCACCUUUACUCGUUCUGACCUCAUGUGCUCUUAUAUACUACAAGAUAUUUCUAUUUUGUUAAAUAUGUAAAAGAUUGUAACGAAUAAAAACAGAUAUUAGACGAA